AUGAUGGACGAGGAGACAAAGUGGUCAACAAACGCUCCAAUUCCUGGUGGAGAUCGGGGCCGAGGACUGACACCAAAUGCCAGCUGGAGCAGCCAGCGGAAUUCCUCGGUCCGUAGGCAACAGCGCAGCUCAUCCAGAUCCAGGCGGAGCGAGUUAAGGGAGAGCGUGAUCAGGCGAAAAAGAAAAAGACACAAACCUCUGGGUGAAAAAAUCGGCGAUUGGUUUCGUGCAUUUUUAGCUUUUUUAUUUAGCAACGUAGGUAUUGUGUGUCUGGUGGUUGGUUACACCAUCGCCGGGGCAUUUAUAUUCGAAGCAAUCGAGGGCUCACACAAUCGUAAAAUUGGAAAUGGCUAUGACGUACCCAGUUCACGGAAUCAAACCGCGCUUCAUCUGUGGAAAUUGACGACCAAGGAAAAUAUUUUCUCGGAGAAACUAUGGAAGUCAAAGGUGGAUACCAUUCUAAAGAGCUAUCAGGAUAUAGUCGUUGAUGCGGUUAAAAAUGAAUGGGAUGGUUCAGACUCGAUGGAGAAUCGAAAGUGGAGUUACGGCAAUACGUGUCCUCGAACCAUGUGGGGCAAGGUGAUUACAAUUGGGUACGCGAUCGCCGGAAUGCCCCUAUUUCUUCUUUACCUAAGUAACAUCGGGGAUAUACUUGCUAAAAGUUUCAAGUGGUCUUACGCCCGUUGCUGUCUAUGCAGAUGUAGAAAGAGGCCACGCGAGUCUCGUGAUCGCCGAGUAACUGGCUCAAAACGAUCACUCGGUCAAUAUAUUUGCGGAGGAGCAUUUCUUUUCUCCGAAUGGGAAGAUUGGAAUUUUCUCGAUGGUUCGUACUUUUGUUUUAUCUCCCUUUCAACAAUCGGUUUCGGUGACAUAGUUCCAGGCGACAAAAUUUAUUCCUCUGACGGCGUGUUCGACCUUUCUUUUAUCUUCUGCUCUAUGUACCUCAUGCUAGGUAUGGCUUUAAUAGCAAUGUGCUUCAAUCUAAUGCAAGAGGAGGUAAUAGCAAAAAUACGAUCGUUGACGCGAUCAGUUAAGCAUGUCCUUCGCUGUGAUCGUUAG